AUGGCUUCUCCCAGGUUGGAAACCUACUGCUGCCCUAACCGGGAUGCAGCCACGCAGCUGGUGAUGACCUUCCAGCCCAAAGUCUUCUGCGGAGUCUGCAUUGGCAGCGCCUCUGUCAGUCUGCUGCUCACCAUCCUGCAGCUCCUGCCCAAGAAGGGACAGAGUCCACGGAAGAUGCCCAAAGCCUCUUCCUCCGCCACCAUCCUCCUCCUCAUCUCUGCUUGCGACAUCCUCGGUGGCUUAGGUAUGAUCUUCAGAUCGAGUGUGUGGUUAGGCUUUCCAGGCUUCAUAGCUAACAUUUCCGUGGCGAACGGCACCGACGUUUGGCCUUCUGCUUUCUGUGUGGGCAGUGCGAUGUGGAUCCAGCUGUUAUAUAGUGCUGGCUUCUGGUGGUUGUUUUGCUACGCCGUUGAUUCUUACUUGGUGGUAAGAAGAUCAGCUGGACUGAGCACCAUUGUCCUGUACCACAUGAUGACGUGGGGCCUCGCAGCUCUGCUCUGUGUCGAGGGAGUUGCGCUGCUUUACUACCCUUCUCUUUCCAGCUGUGAAAACGGCCUGGAGCAUGCAGUUCCACACUACAUCACAACCUACGUCCCACUCCUGCUAGUGCUGGUGGUCAACCCAAUCCUGUUUAGAAGGACAGUAUCAGCAGUUGCCUCCUUACUGAAAGGGAGACAAGGAAUUUACACAGAGAAUGAGAGGCGCCUGGGGAUGGAGAUCCAGAUCCGCUUUUUCAAAAUCAUGCUGGUAUUCGUUAUAUGCUGGUCAUCCAAUAUUAUCAAUGAGAGCCUUCUGUUCUACCUCGAAAUGCAGCCAGAUAUCAAUGAAAUACCACUGAAAAAUAUUAGAAAUGCUGCACUGAUCACAUGGAUUAUAAUGGGUGUCCUUAAUCCCAUGCAAGGCUUCCUCUUCACAUUAGCUUUCUAUGGCUGGACGGGAUGGAGAGUGGACCUGAAAUGGCAAAAGGGAGAAAUACCCUGGGAAUCGAUGUCCUCGUCGACCGCGGGUGAAAACGCUUUCCCCUCACCAGUGAACUACCAAAGCAACAUCCAUGAUUCAAAGAAGAUAUCCACAACUGACAGCCAGCAGACCGAUGAGGCUAUAAGUAUGUUGUCUGAAGGUAAUACUAGUGGUGACGACAGGUUAGCCAGGAGCUCUCCCAUCUACCAGGGCUGGUAGGCUAUAGGUGCACAGCUGAAUCUUACUUCCCUCUGUUGUGAGGACCAAUAAAAUCAUGGCACUGUGUGAACCGUUACUUACUCUGGAAUUAGGUGCAUGGCUAAUGUUUUGAUGUCAUUUCUUGCAACUUCUGUGUGUGUGAGGCAGAGAGAAAUUAUGGAAAAUGUCUUCCUAGAGGAUGUAGAAAGCUACAAAGGCCUGUUCAUUUCUUAGCUGGAAUAUAUCUCUUCAAGGACCUGUGUUACUUAUUAUUCAUUUUCCUCCAUUUUAUUUUAA